AUGGCAUCUACACCAUUAUCCCGCCCCCUGCACGCCCCAGACUCCAUACCAUGGAUGUCUUUACUGCGUGCCACUCUGCGCGAGUGCAGUUACCUCCCUGACCCCAUUGCUCGGGGCUACAUGCGUGAAUAUGUGGUGAACCGCUACCGCCGAUCUCGACAAUCACAUCGAUCUGAUCCCGAGCUGGCUCGGACGGCCAGGCAUGGCCUAUCUCUGCUUCAGAGAGCCAAUGAAGGCUACCAGCGCCCACUUGAGAGAGUCCUUCUUAUGUCAUAUGGUCGUAUAGGGAAACGCCGGCAUGAACUCCUGGCCCAGCUGAUGAAGCCUCAAGUCCCAAGCGACACUGAUGCCCUCAAAGAACUGGUUGCAAAGCCUAUCGCUUUCGAAGAUGGCUGGGAACCCCCAGAAAUUGUGAUGAGUCUUGCCAAAUCCCAGAUGCACAAUGGUAUCUUGUCCACGUCGCGUGUUCGACCUGCACUGAAGAACCUUCAACCACCUAUCCCCGAGACGAACAGUUGGGGCAGACCCGUGUCUCGAGUUCGCCGAGUCAAUAUCCGGAAAAACUGGUACGGCAGCACAUUGGAAACUCUACUGCCACCACUACCGGAUGCAGAACUUCGAGUUUUGGAUGGGUUGAUUGAAGGAACUGUGGCCUGGGCUCCACGACCGCGAAAGCCGGCCACACUUACAGCGCCCCAUGAAGAUAAUCAUGGUGACGAAUCCAUCCUCAAAUUCCUGACAGAGGGGCCUCAGAAAGGCCAUACGUUUCGAGAUUUUGCCAAUGGUCGGCCGCACGAGAUCACAGAUCGGUUCAUGCGCCGUCAAUGGAGACGCAUUUCGUGCCUUGUGCCCCGGAUGCACUACAGCGUUAAGGCGAAUAAGUGGUUCUUCAUUUGGGAUACUCCGAAGGUGAUGCCUGAGCUGGCCUUUGAGGUGGACACCGAGGCAAACCCAGAUCAGAUUUUUGGGGGGUCAGUCCAAGGCCGAGACCAAAAUCAAGCCCGAGGCCCCGUUUAA